CCUAUCAAGAGCAAAAAGAAAGAGUUGAUAAGUUAAAAGAUAAAUUAGCUCAAAAUGACCCACAAAAAUACGGAAAAUUAGCCGCGAGAAAUAUUGCUGAAAGAAUAUCGGCAGCGGGGACAUUGAUAUUGGAUCAGGAAACCCAAGAAAAAAUAGAAAAUUUAAAAAACGGAAAGGUUGCUGAUGCUUCUCAAGUGAGGAAGACCGAGGAAGAAGUUAUUCACCAAGUUAAUUUAGCAAUAGCCAAAAAGAAGUUAAGUGAGUUAUUGGCAGAAAUCAAGAAGUUAGGUAAAAAUAAAAAGGCUAAAGAAAAAGGCAGUGAUUUAUUCAAAUAUAUUUCGGAUGCUAAUACUUAUCAUCAGCAAGCCUAUCAAAUUAAUAAAUCCCAAGUAGAUGAAAUAUUAGUUGAACAAGGGUUUAUUCAGUCAAGUAAUAAAACUAAUUCUCCAUUCGGUGGUUUCUUCCAACCCAAAGUGCUUAUUCCGGUGGCAAUAGCGGUGGGUGUAGUAGUAACCUUCCUAGUAAUAAUGAGGAAUAAUAAGCAGAGGAAAAUAAAGGGUUUUUAA